UUGUGCUAUUUCCGGGUGACGUUCCUUGCGGUGGCUUGCCUUCUUCCAAAAUAACUCGUGACUGUUCCAUGCUUUAUUUUUGUAUCUAGACUGCUAAGGGACUCGCCCGGUGCUUAUGGGGCGAGAAUACUCCUGCAGUGAAUUUUUAAAUACACAAAUGUAGAGCAAAUAUGUAGAAAUAUUAAUCUUGAAAUUAACUUCAGGACAACGAAACAUGUGGAGAGUACAAGGGUUUGUUGGAAGAGUUUUGAGCCGGUGCCAUGGCACAGCCCCCCUGCGCCUGUCUCCGAAUCACCAUGUGGAAGAUGAGGUCAUAAACACCUCCACCCUGCUCUCCACCGGUUGUCACUCUCCCAACAGCAGCUCUCAGAAAGGGGACGAUGGAGACAAGAGGAGGGAGAGGACCUCUCAGUUCUGCUACGCUGGGCUCCCCCGCUACACUGCCGUGGAUGCAGUUGGCUGGGGGGCAGCUGCGGUGCUGUUGAUGCAGAUCUGUAGGAGGAUCCACUCUCAGUUCUCUGGGAGUGACCCCAACCAGAACCCCAACACAGGAUGCCUGGCCAUCCAGGGAACCCUGCAGAAGUGUGGCUACCGCGUCCUACUGGAGCGAAUAUCUCGCCGUGACGUGCUGCCCAGAGGGAGGAGUGUGCACUGUCUGCCCCAGAGACCGAGCCAGCAGGUCCCGAGCCAGCAGGUCCCGAGCCAGCAGGUCCCGAGCCAGCCCCAGAGACAGGAGCACAGCAGUCCCAGGAGCAGCUACAGCAGCCCUGACCAGUUUCAUGAAGACCAUCUGACUGCUGACAGUCACCUCUCUGACCACAAGAGGGCAACUCUGAGUCACGGCUCCUCUGGAACGGAGGAGUCAUCCUUUUCAGAGUCCUCCCAGCCUGAAGACAACCACAGAACCAGAGACGGGGAACAGCCUGGGCAGCAGAAUGACCAGGACGCCCUGGCGGGGGCGACCCAGAACCUCCAACAGGUGGCCGACUCCAGUGUUCCUGUAGUCCUCAACAUCAUCGGUCUGAAGAGUGCUCAGACUGGGGACUAUGAGGCAGCCUUCUCCUGUUUCCUGGCCUCAGCCAGACGGGGUUACUGCAAGGCCCAGUUCAACACUGGAGUCUGCUACGAGAAAGGCAGGGGUGUAUGCAAAGACAAGGAGAAGGCUCUUGAUUUCUACAGCCAGGCAGCGACAGGGGGUCACAGUCAGGCUCAGUACCGCUGUGCCAAACUCCUCCUGAACAGCAGAGGGCAGCAGAGCACACAACAGGACCUGGAUACAGCCAUCAGCCUUCUGCAACAGGCUGCCUCAGCUGGGCUGAGAGAGGCUCAAGUGUACCUGGGGUCUCUGUUCUCGCAGGAGCCAGUCAGAGACGGCCUUAAGUCAGUGCACUACCUGAAGAUGGCAGCGGAGAGCGGAGACAGAGAUGCCCUGCUGUUCCUGGGUCAGUGUUAUGAGAGUGGGUUCGGGGUGACCCAGUGCUUCAGAACAGCAGUUGGUUUCUAUCAGAGGGCAGCGCAGGCAGGAAACAGCCAGGCCAAGACGUUACUGGCGCCGCCCUUUGGACUGGAGGAUGCCGUCCUGCGCCCUAUCCGUUCUUCUCCAUGUUUCUCCGUUGCUGACCGUCUGCGUGGAACUCUCUCCACCCUCACCUCCCCUGUCCCUCCCUCCAGUCACCCCACCCUCCCCCACUCCUGGAGCACAGGGAGUAUGGGCCCCCCACCCAUCCUGUCAUCCAGCUCUGAGGGGAACGCCGUGAGGUGGACUAUAGGAGCGGGAUAGUUGGCACCACAAUCAUGAAUGAUAUAAUAUAUGCCUUUCAGCAGACAUCUCUAUCCAAAGCCACUUAGUCAUAUGUGCAAACAUUUUCCAUACAGGUGGUCCUGGGAAUCAAACCCACUAUCCUUGCGUUGUAAGCACCAUACUCAACCACAUCGGUCCUCUGUAGUUCAGUUGGUAAUCGAUACCAUAAGGUUGAAGAGGGACAUCAUGGUCAGAUGUUUAACCUUACUGACACAACCCAGUAUUUAACGUCCCUCUCUGCACUUCGAUCUAGAUUUGUAUAUAUGUGUGUAUUUGACCACAGGUCAAUUUGUUGAGGAAUGUGUAUAAGUAUGGGAGAUGCGAUACAUCUGAAAGGUAGACAUGUCAAAGGUGUUGUAUGGCUUUACCUGUUGGCCUGCUUAAAGACACAGUCUGGGAUCUUAAGCACUUAAACAUUUGUAUCGUAUUGUACGAAUUGAAGAAUGAAAAUGCUUGCAGGACAACAUCAUAUGGAUGACAUUACACAAUUUUCAGGGACCCAUUUUGGCCUGUGAGCGCUACUUUAAAAACUACUGGCUGAAAUUCUACAAAAGCUCUGGAGCGUGACGAGUAACUUUUAGUAUUGUUCCUACAAAAUCUUCUCGUGGCACAAUCUUGGCCAGUUUUUGUACAACAAGCCGCCCUAUGGGUAGAAAGAUGGUAUUGUGAUAAAAUGUGUGCCUUACUAAGUCAUUGUCAGUACAGGAUCCCUUGUAUUUACUUGACCCUUUAUGUGACUAUUCAUCUUUAACUUCAUUUAGUCUGCUAUUUCAGUUAUGUCUUUGCAUGUGUAAACUGUUCUUGUCUACCCAUGGUAUCCAGUGAGGCUGAAGAAUGGGGAAAACAGAAAUAACCUUUUGGUAGUGGUGGAUAAUGUAGGUCAUGUAUAUUGUCUAUGCAUUAGAAGCACUACUGUUGUGGAACACACAAGGUGUCUAACACCAAUGACGAAAUAAAGCUAUUUUCUACCA